GACAUGCGCACGAGUUUAUAAACAUAGUUCCAUCGCCGCCGCUCGCAGUGACCAGUGACCCGCCGGCCGGUAACACACAACCAGUUUAAAUUUAAAUUAUUUUACUCAAAAACAAAAAUGGAGAAGCUGGCCGUGCUCUUUGUUUUCGCCAUUUUUGCCAGUGAAGCAUUUGGACAAAAUAACAAUAAUGGGGACUUGGAUGACCGAUUUGGAAACCAGUUUGCGGCCCUGUUCCCUGGUAUGGGUCAGCAACAGUUCCGACCAAACCAGUUCCCUGGUCAGAACCAGUUCUUCCCUGGACAGAACCAAUUCCCUGGACAGAAUCAAUUCCCUGGACAGAAUCAAUUCCCUGGACAAAAUCAGUUCCCUGGACAGAACCAGUUCCCUGGACAAAACCAGUUCCCUGGGCAGAACCAGUUCCCUGGUCAGAAUCAGUUCCCUGGACAAAAUCAGCCUUCCACCGUUCCUCCAACCGGGAGCACCACCAUGUCCAGCGCUGUCCAAGCCUGCAUCUCCAGCUGCCCAGUGACCGCUGAAUACAACCCAGUGUGCGGCACCGACAUCAUCCAGUACCCCAACCCCGGCAGGCUGGGCUGUGCGCAAGCGUGUGGCGUCAAUGUCAGCCUCCUAAGGCAAGGACCCUGCCCGGCCACCACCACUGCUGCCCCUCCCAGUUGGAGCACCACCAUGUCCAGCGCUGUCCAAGCCUGCAUCUCCAGCUGCCCAGUGACCGCUGAAUACAACCCAGUGUGCGGCACCGACAUCAUCCAGUACCCCAACCCCGGCAGGCUGGGCUGUGCGCAAGCGUGUGGCGUCAUUGCCAUAGCGGCAUUGGGAACAAUUCCGGGACGAGUGCGGGGUCACUGGCAUCACGGGCCUCAUCACAACUACGGCCCACCACAUCACGAUUAUCAUGGACCGCCACAUCACGGUCCACCAGGACCGCACCACGGACCGCCAGGGCCCCACCACGGACCGCCAGGGCCCCACCACGGACCACCGGGACCGCACCACCACCCUUGGGAACGCGAUUCUGACGAGUCACCCGAAUGGAGUGGCUCCGAUUCUGAAAUCUCUGGCAGCUGGGAAUCGCCUUGUCAUCAUGAACAUUCAAGACCGCCAAAGCCCACCCCACCACCGAGGCCUCCCAACCCUGGACCCAAUCCAAAUCCUUUCCCACAACCAACUCCUCAACCAUUCCCUAAGCCAACUUUUAAUCCGAAUCCAUUCCCGCAACCAACUCCUGUGCCUUUCCCAGGACCUAACCCUAAUCCAAACCCUUUCCCGCAACCAACUCCUGUGCCUUUCCCAGGACCUAACCCUAAUCCGACUCCUUUCCCGCAACCAACUCCUGUGCCUUUCCCAGGACCUAACCCUAAUCCGACCCCUUUCCCGCAACCAACUCCUGUGCCUUUCCCAGGACCUAACCCUAAUCCGACCCCUUUCCCGCAACCAACUCCUGUGCCUUUCCCAGGACCUAACCCUAAUCCAGAUCCUUUCCCUAAGCCUACUCCUGUACCUUUCCCGCCGCCCACGCCAACGCCGUUCCCUCAACCUACUACUGAGUCUUUUACAAAGUCUACAGUUACGCCAGUACCCGAUCUCCAUGCCUGUAUGCUUACCUGUCCUGUGACACAAGAGUUAAACCCAGUCUGUGGCUCUAACGGUGAGGAGUAUCAAAACCCUGGAAAAUUGAAUUGCGCCAAAUAUUGUGGAGUCAAUGUGGAGCUCGCCAGAUAUGGUAAAUGUCCUACAAACGAAGGGAAAACUUUGAGGCCUCCUCCUCCCCGACCCGAAAGAGAUGUCCAAGCAUGCAUGAGAAGCUGUCCCGUGACGUCAGAGUACAACCCAGUCUGUGGAUCUAAUGGCUUGGAGUACUCCAACCCUGGCCGGUUGAACUGCGCCAAGAUGUGUGGAGUCAAUGUGGACCUCGUCAGAAGAGGCAGAUGCCCCACAAACGAUGGGAGUACUGUGAGCCCGCCUACUCCCCGACCUGACAGGGAUGUCCAAGCGUGCAUGAGAAGCUGUCCCGUGACGUCAGAGUACAACCCAGUCUGCGGCUCUAACGGCUUGGAGUAUUCCAACCCAGGACGGUUGAACUGCGCCAAGAUGUGUGGAGUCAACGUAGAAUUACUCAGAAGGGGUAGAUGCCCGCCGCCAGAGCCCACUUCGAAUCCGAUCACCAACCCUACUCCCCCUGUGACUGUGACGGAGAGCCGAGAGCCGGAGACACGGCCCACGCCACCAACGAUUCCCCCCACCAAACCGACCACUCCUGGAGUAACCUUUACCAUUGACAAAGAUUUGCUGGACCAAAUCUUCAGCACUACCGAAGAAACGGGUCCAGAUCUAACAGGCCUGAUAGACGAAAGACAUCAGGAUGACUGAUAGAUUGGUGAUCUUGCUCUCUUUCAUCUAGAAUAGUCUGAUUUUGUAGAACAUUUAAGUACGCUUCUAAAAGCGCCACUUAAGUGAAUAGCCCACUAGCAAUGAAGUCUAUCGAAAUAAAAGUAAUAAAGUUAAUAUAAUUAUAAUGUGAUAAAUACACGCAACUACAUAGUAAUAGUAAAAGCUCUGUGAAAUGAAAAAGAAGAAGUAGUUUAUCAUACAUAUAAAUUAUAACAUGAAUUACUCACGAUGGUCAAUAAGUAAUAAUGAAACAAUCGUUAUAAUUAAUAGAAUUCCUUAAUGUGGUGCUUUUAGAGCCCUUAAUAAAUUAAUUAACUGCAAUCAAUUUUCAAAUUUAU